AGUCACAACCUGUCUAGCAGUCAGUCAGCUCUCAAUAACCGUCACACCGACCAGAGCUGACCCCCCUCUCUCUCUCUCUCUCUCUCUCUCUCCCAUUCUCUCUUCCUGCUUUCCCUUUUGUAAUUUUUCAAAAAUCAUAUUGGCCGUGGUCCCCGGCCAUUGGGAAUUUCUUCUUUUUGCUUCUUUCUUCGACCUGCUCGUGGCACCAUGGACUUUGGAUCGGAGCUUAUCUUCCACUGUGUGGGAUGUUUACAGGACGUUGUUCCUGGUCCUCUGAUCUGACUCGUAGGAGUGUGGCGCUAGCUGGUCACAUCCUGGCAUCAUGCACCAAACUCCAGCGUCUUACUCCCAGUAUAAAUCGGAGGAUGGUCGAUCGUCUUCAGGCACCCGGCCCGGCUCCUCGGGCUCCGGGAAGACCUACACUCCCACCUUGACCCCCACCCCGGGCCCCACCCCGCCUCGCACCAGUACCAGCCCCAGUAACAAUGCAGCCACCAAAACGGACUCGUUGCUCUUCAACAAGAUCGACGAGAGACAGAGGUUAGCUCGUGAGCGCCGGGAGGAGCAUGAGAAGCAGAACGCUGUCAAGGAGGCCCAGUGGCAGGCGCGAGAGGAGCGAGCCCGGCUGCACUAUGAGAAGCAGGUGGAGGAGAGGCGGAGGAGGCUGGAGGAGCAAAGGGUGAAGGAGGACAAGAGGCGGGCUGCCGUGGAGGAGAAGCGACGGCAGAAACUGGAGGAAGACCAGACUCGUCAUGAGGCGGUGAUCCGUCGCACGCUGGAGAGGAGCCAGAGAAGCAGACAGAAGCCCGUCCGCUGGUCCUGGGGAGGAGCGCUGCAGACAAACACUCCCAUCACGCCGGCCGGUUUUGUCGAGUCGGCUUUCCUCUGUCCACUCGACCUUGCUGGACUGGAGCACAUGCAGGGUGCUUUCGGUCCCUACCGCAGAUACGGAAUGACCUCCCAAUAUGCCGACAGGCGGUCAGUUUCCACAAUGAAUUUAUCCAAACACACAGACCCUGUUAUUACCAAGCGCCUGUCCUACUCCUCUGCUACGCUCCUACACUCACCGGACCGAGGUUUACAGAUGAGAACCACCUCCUCCCCAAUCAUUAGUAAAUCUCAGUCCAAACCCCGUCUCCACCAGGGAAAGACCACCCAACACAAAAACACAGGCCUGCGCCGUCUUCCGCUGACGCCAUGGGAGAGCAACGUGGUGAACCGCCUGCAGCAGCCGACGCACUCCUACUUGGCUCGGAGCCGCAGUGCCAUGAGUCUGUCUGGAGAGCAACCAGCCAUGCCUGUUUGUCCUCGCUCAGUGUCCUGCCACCCCAUGGGCUCCAUGUCCUUCAAAGCCCUGCAGGCCCAGCCGCUUCCUCACUGCCGCAGCCAUGAGAGGAGCCUCGGCAAGGGGACGGUCUCGUCGUCCACCUCCAACGCUCGCAGGAGGAUCACCGGCACCACACAGCAGAAGGACCCUGACCACGUCAGGAAGUCAUGGAGCAACCUGUCACUACCCUUGGCUCCUAUUUUCACUUUGCCCCCCAGAAAGCGCUCCUCUUCUCCUGGCAAGAAGGGCAGAAAAGGGACAGCGCCCUCUCCUGGCAGGCCUCCACAAAAGUCCCCUGGGCGCCCCCCAACUCCCAAGCUGCUUAAGUCUCCAGGGGCAGAUGACCCUGGAAAUCUUCGUCCUUUCAGGGUCACACCAGAGAGCCCCCAACCCACCAAAGCCCCUAAAGAGGAGGAAGAAGGGCAGGUUCUUGGUCCUCUUCAGCCUCGACCUCAGCCAGUGGGUCAGAACCGGACCAGUAGUGAGCAGUCCGCUCCAGCAGCCAGCGAGAGCGCAAGCAGUCCACCAGCCCACAAGCCCUCAGCAGGCACCACGGAUCCAGGGGAGGCGAGCCGGAUCCUGGCCGAGAAUCGGCGCCUGGCUCGCGAGCAGAGAGAGAGGGAGGAAGAGGAGCGGAAGCAACAGGAGGAGCAGCGGAGGUCGGCGCAGGAGGAGAUGGCCCGCUGCAAGGCCGAGGAGCGGGCGAAGAGAGAGGAGGAGGCUCAGCAUCAGGCGGAGGAGACUAGAAGGAAGGAGGAGGAGGAGAGAGAGGUGGAAAAAAAGUUGGAAGAGGAGAGGCUUCAGAGAGAGAGAGAGGAGGCAGAGAGACUCCUGAAGCAGAAAGAGGAGGAAGAGUCUCGACAGAGAGAAGAGGCGGAGCGAGUGAGGCUGGAGAGAGAGAAACACUUCCAGAAGGAGGAGGCUGAACGCUCGGAGCGUAAAAAGCGUCUGGAGGAGAUCAUGAAGAGAACGAGACGUUCAGACACGGCAGAGAAGAAAGCUGUUCCCAACAGGAAUGGAGACAGCGCAGUGACUCCCGCCGCUCAAAGUCCGUCUGCAGGGACGCCGUCGCCGACCCUCGACAGCAACGGCAGCGGAGACCAACCUGAGUCCAACGCCGCGGCGCUGAGCCGCCCCGACCAGAGGGAGAACGGGGAGUUUGAAGAGGUGAUUGUACUGCCUUCCGAUUCCAGGUGGUCUCCUCCUGAGGGAGAGGAGGAGGAGGAGCAGCAGGAGGAGAGAGUUCCUGUUUUAGCCUUCAGGGAGAACGGUCUCCUAAAGCCUCUGGGUGGAAUAGAGGAUAUCUCAUUGCAGCAGGGACCAGAUGUUGCCUGAUGCGCCGGUUGGAUCGAGGUGAUUCCACAGAGACGUGGAGUGAGACGGCUACAGAGAGGUUUCCCCGGGGCUGUUGAGCACUGAAUCAAAGGAAGGACUCGCAGCCGCACAGUCGGAGCCUUCCAGAGGUUCACUUCCUCUCACCAACCGAAGAGCACCGCCAUCUCCCAAAAUAACUCACUUGCUCACAACAAGCCCUGGUUCUGAAGUGAAGGUCUUGACAUCGUGUGUGUGCGUGUGUGUGCGUGUGUGCGUGCGUGUGUGUGUGUGACUAAUAAUGAUGUAAAAUGAGAUCAGCCAUGAUACUUGAAGAGAUUUAUUUGUUGCUCCCUUUGACUGGAACCUCAUCACUAAACAUUUUCAAUGCUUCUAUUGAAAUGUCACUGAAGGAAUAAUGUGUACAUGUGUACAUGUUGUGUAAUGUAAUAUAUUUUUGCUGUGUCUCCAGUGUUUAAGACUAGAGGUUAUUAUUGGGGUGAGGCAGAGGCACUGGAGUAAUGUGGUUUAAGUUAAAUGAAAAUACUGAGAAUUAGGGUGUAAAUUACUGAUUGUUUUUGUUUAGUUUAAUUUAAUUGCUGUACAGAUGAAAUGUGAUUCUUUGUUUUGUCCUUGGUAAUGUCUUUGUUUAGAUUGAGGGGAAAAAUAGGAAUCUGCUUAGACGUCCUGCCCUUUCCUUUCCUUUCAUUUGUUUACCCUUUACAUUUACCCCAUCAGUGCUGCUGACCACGUCCAGGUACACUGCGUCUAACGCGGCUGGCGUGGAGGUGGACUUGUUUUCUCCCAGUGAAUACAAAAUAAUUUGCUGGUGACGUUUAAUCUGAUUUGUUUGCUUGUUUUUGAUAAAGGAUUCAAGAAGUGCUGCUAAUUUUGACGCUCCUUUGCCUUACCGCAUCACAGCGAGAAUGAGGUUUCUUGUCUUCCUUAGUAAAAUGAAGCUAUGCUUUCCCAGCACACUGCAGCUUGAUACGUUUAUGAAAAACUCAUUUCUCCCGUAAAGGCUGUGCUCUCAAACAGCAACUUUUCAUUAAUGAAAGACAAGGGUAAUAGUGUAAAACACUGGAACCAAACUGCUAUUCACUUUGUUUUGCUGCUCUCAAGUUUCCUAUUUGUUCAAAUCUUGCAUUACCACCAAAAGAAAUGGGAGUGAAACUUCUUGGUUAUGUGGUGCUUGUUUCUUCCAGAAGUACCGACUAUUCAACUUGACUUAAGAUGUAUUGCUUGUAAAUAUUAUACAUAUCCUAUAAAUUGUUUGAAAGCAGAUAUAUUUUACUAAGACUGACCACGAAGGCUCGAAAAACUAACAAGCCCUUUACUUCACGAGAGGCUGUGGGACGAGAUC